AUGGUUACUUUGAAGUUUGUCUUCUUUCUCCUCGCCUUGGGCACUGAGAGUCUGAGCGUCAUCUGCCAGAGCAAACUCGGCACCAAGAGUAUCCCUGCCAGCAAGGUUCCCUGGGCCACAACAACCAUCCACAGCAAAUUAACAGUUUUGAAGAAGGUCGUCCGCAAAGUCAAAGUCGUGGUAGUUCCCAGGCCCACUACUACUACGUCCACUGAGGUCAAGACAAUUACUGAGACAACACAGGCUGAUCCUGAUGUCGAAACUACAAUUGAGACAAAGACAGCUGGCUUUAUCUCUGCCAAGGGCCCUGACUGGCGGCCCAAGGUCAAGGCGAGAGACACCCCUAAAGACAUAGCUGCACCUGACCUUCUCCCAGCUGGACUUCAGUCGGAAACCGAGUAUGUCCAGCGCAUCGACUGUACAAAGGAAAACCCAACUACGGCCAUCAAAGUCACAACCAUCACGGUGAAGGAGGCUCGCGUUACCGCCAAUCCAAAAGACCAAAACGAAAUUCGUCACAUCAACCACAACUACAAUCGAGACUCGGUAUCCCCCAAAGGUGACGGAGACUUCAUUCGAAACUAUUAUUUCUACUGUCACGGAAGACCACAGCGAGACCGCUAUUGCGACUGA